AUGUCGCCGCCAACCCCAUCUUGGAAUACUGUCCCAAGUGACGCCGACCUCGUGUGCAUAUUUCAGGCAAUCGAUGUGCCCGUUCAACGCUGCUCUUUCGCAUUUGUUAUUAAACCUCUGGUCAUUGAUGGGGAAUUGCGAUCUGCUGAACAUGGUCUGCCUAUCAUUGUCCUUGUUUGGGUAUUUUUGUCGAUUUAUAAAAUUCCAAACAGCAACUCGCAACAAUCUCGGAUAUCGACGUCCGGUGCUUCCAGCAAGUCGAAUUUGUUACCUACGUUCGAUCUCGUUACAAGCGUACCUAGUACGCCGUUUUCACCAGACUAG